AUGUGUACAGUUGUGUACAACAGUACGGCAGAAGCAGUCCUUCAAGAGAUGGACAACAUCAGCAGCAUACGGCAGAAUCGGGAAGUGGAGCGCCUCCGCAUGUGGACGGACACUGAACUGGAAAACAUGGACAUGUACUCCCGCGUGAAGAGGAGGAAAUCUUUGCGUAGGAACACGUAUGGAAUGCAGGCGCAUCACAAAGUCAUGAGCAAGUCAAAGGACCCCGAAGAGGAGGAGGGAACUGAAGAGUCUCACGAAGAGGGAGAGGAGGAUGAAGAUGUGGAGGCUGAUGAUGAUGAAGACGAUGAAGGAGAUGAGGCAGAAGAGGCUGGAGAGGAGAACGACAGACCUUAUAACCUCAGGCAGCGUAAAACUGUGCAGCGAUAUGAAGCACCCCCAAUAGAGCCAGUGAACAGGAAGCAGAGCAAGGGCUCUCUGUUCGACACACACAGAUCUCCUGCAAGAAGAAGCCAUAUUAGGUGA